GGAAUCUGGGGAGGAAAAAAAACAAAACCAAGAAGAGGCUACACUGACAGGAUUCAUGCAGUUCCAGCCACCUUGGCUAAUAAAAGUUGGCUGUUGGCUCAGGCUUGUGAAAUUGGCAAAAAGCCCAGGUUAGUGCAGCCAUCCUGCCCUUUCCAUUUGGUAAAGAACCCACAAGGAGGUCAGGAGGAGGAUGGCCAGAUCUUCUUUUCUCUGCCCCACCUCUUCCAGGUUAAGGAGGCCGCCCACUGUAGCCUUGCCUCUGUAGCCAUACAAAAGCAACUCAGUUUGGGCCUUGGGAGAGAAUGGAGGCUUACCUGUACCCUAGAAAUGGGUGUGUGCAUGUGUGAAACAAUUAUUCCCAUAGCUGUUAACUCCUUUGAGUAUACAUAUGUAGAACAUGGAUGCCUGGUUCUCUCCUUCACCCUUGCAGCACUCCUGUUACACACGAGGGGCAGAAGCAAAGAGGUUGCAUAGCAGGGAUUGGUUUGCACCUGGCUGGGCUGGAACCAUUGAAGAGAAAGGAUGUGUUGAACUCUAGCGCCAGGCUUUGAGUACAUUGCACUGAUUUUUUUUUUAAUCUGUAACCAGUAGAAGCUCAUAAAUAGCAUUAUAAAAUGGUAGUAGAGUGAUUGCCUUUUCCACCUCCACAACAGGGACCGCUUUUUAAAAACUGAUUCUUCAGGGCAAACAAGAAAAGGAAGUGACCCUGCCUCAGAGAUGAAAAAAUAUUUUGGAGGUUGCAUGUGACUAACCCAUCUCAGCAAUCCCUCUCCAGCCCUGAAGCCUCAGUAGCCCGGGACUAGAGCUGCUUCCGGACACACUCAAGGGGCCAUGAGACUAGCAGGUCCACUUCGUGUCAUCGUGAUCGUCUUGACGGCAGGCCUGACCUGGAUCCUUGUUAGCAUCCUGUUGGGCACUCAGAGCGGCUUCUCGCGCCUGCAGCAGCUCCUCAGUAGUCCUGAGAAUUCUCCUACUUCAGAACCCAGGCCCAAGAAGUACAAAUGUGGCCUUCCUCGGGCUUGCCCAGAACAUUCCUUUGCCUUUCGGAUCACAAGCGGUGCUGCAAAUGUCAUUGGACCCAAAAUCUGUUUGCAGGACAAAAUGCUCAUGAGCAGUGUAAAGAACAAUGUAGGCCGAGGCCUGAACAUUGCACUGGUGAAUGGGGUGAACGGAGAGCUGAUUGAUGCCAAGUUCUUUGACAUGUGGGCAGGAGAUGUGAAUGAGCUGUUAAAAUUCAUCCGGCCGUUACAUGAAGGAACGCUGGUGUUUGUGGCCUCUUACGAUGACCCUGCCACAAAAAUGAACGAGGAGACCCGAAAAAUCUUCACAGAACUGGGUAGCAGAAUUGCCCGGGACUUAGCCUUUCGAGACAGCUGGGUCUUUGUGGGAGCCAAAGGAGUGCAAGACAAGAGUCCCUUUGAGCAGCAUGUCAAGAACAACAAGAAUUCCAACAAGUACGAAGGUUGGCCUGAAGCCCUUGAGAUGGAGGGCUGCAUCCCCCAGCGAACUGCAGAUGUCCAGUGAAGGUUUACUUCCUCGAAGCCUCCAGGGAUUUUGCUUGCCUAGAGGAGGAGAAAAGUCCUUGCCCACCUGCCUGCUGUUGCCUUCCCUCACAGUGGCAACUAUCUAUCCUGAUCCUCCUUGGCAGACCUUUCUGGCUCUGCCUUAAACCACCCAAUUUUCCUUUCUGAAAGACAUGCCUGGUGUGUCCCUGGAAAACAGUGUAUUGAAAGCUGCACCUCUGCACCUGUUGUCCCCGUCCCCACGUGCCUUAUUUUAGCUUCUAAGUGGAGGAAGUACUCCUUCCAUUCCUUUUCCUACGGCUGUGAAUUUGGGGAGCAAAUCGGUGUCCUCCGUUGGGAAUACUGGCUCAGGAACUCAAGCUGGAAGAAGACGCAGACAUAUUUAUAUGACUUUCUUUGCCUUUGCCAUGAUACUAUAUCAUGUGCCACUGCUGAGAAGGACCACAUUCCUCCCACGACAAAAGUGGGGUUGAAGGAUGAGCCCGUGUUGGGUGGGGCAAAACCAAAAGCGGGCAGGGACAUCCCAUCUCCCUCUUUCUCCUGCCUCCUUUCCACACAUCCUCUCCCCCUUAUCUUCCACAAUUCCACUCCAUUCUUACUCACAUCAUUCUAUCCCUCCAUGCCUUGCAUUGUCAUAGUCCUACACAACUGUUUCCUACUAAGCAUCAUGGGAGGACAUUACAGUGAGGAAAGGGGAUGAAAUUGCUAGGCUACAUCUGGCGUAAGGGUUGGACCGAUUGGAUUUGGAACCUUUUACCUUUCCAGAUGUGUUGAUUUUCAACUCCCGUCACCCCCACCAAACAAGGUCAACGGUAAAAGAUUAUGGAAGCUGUAGAGCAGUAGUUCCCAACCUUGGGUCCCCAGAUGUUCUUAGAAUACAUCUCCCAGAAAUCUUGGCCAAGGUUGGGGACCAUGGCUUUAGAGUAAAGCAUUUAGAGGACCAAAGAUUCUUUACCCCUGGGCUUGGAGGUUCCUUCUCCCGGUAUUAUAAAUGGACCACUCCUUUUUAAAAUCAUAGUUUAUAUGCCUCAAGUUAACACUUCUGCUACCACAAAGAUUCCCCAGUCCAUGGACAGUUUUAGUAGACUCCUAAAAUUCUGGAGGUACCGUUUCCUAACAUGGGUGCUUCAUUUGUGAUGAGAAAGGGCGAGGGGAUCAGGGCCCUUCCUUCAUCCUUGCAGACGUGAUUCCUUAUAUAAGGCAGCAUUGAGAGAAUCAAAGUUAUAUCAUAUCAUUUUGGAAGCCUGUCUUGUUGAACAACAUUUCCAGUAAAUAGUUGCACAACU